GUGGCCGGGCUCUGCAGCGUCCGCAGACAAGUCAGGGUUCAGGUCUGCAGAGAAGACGAUGAUGGCGCCAUCAACGAAAUCCGUCAAAAGUUCUUCAAGCGCCACGGUAAGUUGUUCGUCGUCCGCUUCGGGAAGCAUCGGAUGAAAACCUUCCAGAGAACCGUCGAGGAGGCGCCGCGAUACGUGCAAUGGGUGGAGAAGCUCGUUGCAGCUGGAGGACCGCGGACGGCUUUGUCUGUGAACUUUGAGCUCCUCGCCGCUUUCGCGCGGCAGCAGCGCUCCGAGGAACACAUCACCGAAAAAACUGCGCCCACGCAUCUGGAAGAGCUUCGCCAGCCUCUGCCAGAUGCCCUGCCAGAUGCAUUUGCUCACAAAGCCGCUGUAGAGGCUUGGAAGGGACGCUGCGGGGGUGCAGCCUACGGGGGAAGCGAAGAAAUAGUCGAGCAUAUCCGGGCGCCGGGCACUGCGGCGCUGACUGAAGGCUCUUCAGAACAACUUGACAUGGCAUCGCCUUCCGCGGUGUUCCUUAAAAAGCUGGAGACCUUUCUGAAGCGGAUCCGGAAGUGGGACACCGAGUUCCUGUGCAUCGGAAAGAAUGCCGCCGAGGUCUUCAACGUGCCGAAGCCAGAGGAGGUUGUGCCGCGAAUUACGGCCAACCUUGACUACUUCAGUGUGAACUAUGCGGUAUGCCUUGCCGUCUUUGCCCUGACCUCCAUCGUGGUCUACCCGCAGCUGCUGGUGCUCGUUUGUGUCUUCUCGGGCCUCUGGUACGGCUUGCUCACGCGGCCGAACCAUAUGAGACUGCAGAUUGCCAAUGCGCUGCUGACGAAGCGCCACUUGAUCUACGCCUUGGGAUCGUUGAACGCUUUGGUGGUUCUGGUCUUCUACCGCAUGAUGAUCUUCGCCAUCAUCGGUGCAUCGUUGAUGUUUGUCCUGCUCCAUGCUGGCCUACAUGCCGUGCCCGCGAAUGCCAAGGGAAAGGUUGCGGAGGAGGAGGGUUCAGAGCAGACCGCCCCGAUCGUGUGA